GUAAGACAGAGAAAUAUAGAUAGACAGAGAGAGAGAAAAUAGCCGGAGAAAGAGAAGAGGGGUUUUGUGAUUGCCGGAAUCAGACCGUCUACAUCGCUGAACUGAAGUAUUCAAUCGGCGGUGAAGAGAAAGACGGUGUAUUCGUGCCGGAAAAAAAAGUGAGAUAUAGAGGCACGAUCUCUCUCAGAUCUGGUCAUCUGAUUAUUGUUCAGUGCUAUUAUCCGCAUCAGCAGAUGGCUCUUUCGAUGUAACAUUUGGGAUCUUCAUCAUUCGCUGUUCAAAACAACUUGACGUGCGAGUGAUAGUGUUCUUGUAUUCUUGUGUCCAGUGGUGAUAUCUUUGGGGGUUGGUUUUUGAUUCCUCUUUUCCUGAUUGAUGAUUGUUUCUGGAUUGAUUCUUUUGGUGGUUUGUGCACAAUCGGCUUCUGAGUUGAGCGUGUCGGGAAGCUCUCUCCUGCCACCAUCUCUUUUUGUGAUUGAGACUUAGGACGGUGUUCCUUGUAUGUCUCCUAACUUGGACAGUCCUGUUCAAACUCAGAUGGCUGUAGCAGUAUUUAAGAGUCCGCUUGGUGGAGAGUACCAUGGAAGCAGUAGGAUGGAAGGGAAAUCUACUGGGAGGAGACGGGUUUUUGUGCAAACUGACACUGGUUGUGUGCUGGGGAUGGAGUUGGACCGUAGUGACAAUGCUCAUACUGUGAAGAGGAGGUUGCAGAUCGCUCUCAAUGUUCCAACUGAGGAGAGUUCUUUAACAUUUGGAGAUGUGGUGUUGAAGAAUGACCUUAGUGCCAUUCGGAAUGAUUCCCCUCUACUGCUGACGAGGAAUUUUAUGCAUAGAAGUUCAUCGACUCCAUGUCUUUCACCUACUGGGAGGGAUGUCCAACAGAGAGAUCAGAGUGGCCCUAUAGAAAUACUGGGGAACUCUAGUCACUUUGCCAAGACAAAACAACUAGUCAAGGAGAUUGUGAAGGCUGUCAAGAUUGGAGUUGAUCCACUUCCAGUCCAUAGUGGACUUGGAGGCGCAUACUAUUUUAGAAACAGCAGAGGUGAGAGUGUUGCUAUUGUCAAGCCAACAGAUGAAGAGCCGUUUGCACCAAAUAAUCCUAAAGGUUUUGUUGGCAAAGCUCUUGGACAGCCAGGCUUAAAGCGUUCAGUUAGGGUCGGAGAAACAGGGUUUCGGGAGGUUGCUGCAUAUCUUCUCGAUUAUGAUCAUUUUGCCAAUGUGCCAGCCACUGCAUUGGUAAAAAUCACUCAUUCUAUUUUUAAUAUCAAUGACGGUGUUAAUGGAGAUAAGCCUUUUAGCAAGAAGAAACUCGUCAGCAAGAUCGCAUCUUUGCAGCAAUUCAUCCCUCAUGAUUUUGAUGCCAGUGACCAUGGAACAUCAAGCUUCCCUGUUGCUGCUGUGCACCGUAUUGGGAUAUUAGACAUCAGGAUAUUUAACACAGACAGGCAUGCAGGAAAUCUUUUAGUUAGGAAGCUUGAUGGUGUUGGGAUGUUUGGUCAAGUAGAGUUAAUUCCCAUCGACCAUGGCCUCUGUCUACCAGAAACGUUGGAAGACCCGUAUUUUGAGUGGAUUCAUUGGCCUCAGGCAUCCAUUCCAUUUUCAGAUGAUGAACUCAAGUACAUAGAGAAACUUGAUCCUGUUCGUGACUCUGAUAUGCUGAAAAGUGAGCUCCCUAUGAUUCGCGAAGCCUGCCUUCGCGUCUUGGUCCUGUCCACCAUUUUCCUCAAGGAAGCUGCUGCUUAUGGACUUUGCCUUGCAGAGAUUGGUGAGAUGAUGAGCAGGGAAUUUCGUCGUGGGGAAGAAGAACCGAGCGAGCUUGAAGUAGUUUGUUUGGAGGCCAGACGGUUGAUUGCUGAGAGAGAGAUUUUGUCUCCAAAGGCUGAAGUUGAUGAGGAGGAGUUCCAAUUUGACAUAGAUUAUGAGGAAGCAGGAUACGGUUCUAGUCCAAAAAUGGCCUCUGAGGACUUCGUGAGCAGGAACCCGUUUCAGUUUCCAUUUGGAGGAGGAAAUGGCCGCACUCAACUCUUUAAGCUAGAUGAAAGCAUCGAGGAAGAAGAAAGUGAAGAGGAGGAGGAUACAAGCGUCAACUGUGUUCCAGCCCCCGCAAAGAAUGUGGAGGAGUUAAAACUAUCAAUGUCCCUCAAGAAUAUUAGUUUAGGUGACAAGAACCAGAAGCAUCCUUAUUUUUCUGGAACCAAACCAGAAAAUGCCCAUCUCGCCAACUCUUCAUCUGGCCACAGGAGUGCGAAUGAGCAGCUCCCUGUGAGUUCCAGCUUUGUGAAGCUAGCAGAUAUGGGUGAAGAGGAAUGGCGUCUGUUUCUAGAGAAGUUCCAGGAGCUACUGUACCCAGCUUUUGCCAAGCGCAAGUCAGUCGCCCUUGGUCAGAGGCAGAUACAAAGGCUUGGUACUUCUUGCCAGUUUUGAGAUAUCACAGGGUGUGGGUACUACUACCACGACAUGUCACUACUAGUAUGAGUUAAUGCCUAAAUAACUCCGCGCAGUCUGGUGGUGGAAGUGAAGGAUAUCUAGCUUAGGUUUGGUUAAGUGGUUAUGUGCUCCCUUAAAGAAGAAGUUAUAGGGCGGCAGUAGCUAUAAUAGGAGAUGCUGUAAAUAUUUUUGAGGCACCUGAGUGGAAGUGCCGAGUAGAACUGGUGUCUUUUUUUUUUCUUUCUUUUUUCUGUUUGAUGUCUUCAUUUUUUUCCUUUUCAGUUUGUCACGACGACUUGUUAGAUAAAUAAUUUGUAGAAUGGAAUCCUAAAAAAAUAAAAGAAAAAAAAGUUUGUGUAAA